GGGGCGGGCCGAGCUCGGGGCCGCCGCCGCCGUCAUUGCGGACGGGACGAUGUCUCGCUGCAGCCCCGCCGCCGCCCGCCUGCUCGGCCGCUUCCUCCGCCUUCAACAGAAUGGAGUCCGACACUGCUCCUACACAGCAUCCAGGAAAAACCUGUAUGUCAACAAAAGCACAAAGGUUAUCUGUCAGGGUUUUACAGGCAAACAGGGCACCUUUCACAGCCAGCAGGCAUUGGAGUAUGGCACCAAUCUAGUUGGAGGAAUUUCUCCAGGGAAAGGGGGAAAAACUCAUCUAGGUCUGCCUGUGUUUAAUUCUGUGAAGGAGGCCAAAGAACAAACGGGUGCUUCAGCCACUGUCAUCUAUGUCCCUCCCCCAUUUGCAGCUGCUGCCAUCAAUGAGGCCAUCGAUGCAGAGAUGCCCCUGGUGGUGUGCAUCACUGAGGGCAUCCCCCAGCAGGACAUGGUGCGGGUCAAACACAGGCUGCUGCGGCAGAGCAAGACCCGGCUGGUGGGCCCCAACUGCCCCGGAGUCAUCAAUCCUGGAGAAUGUAAAAUUGGUAUCAUGCCUGGUCACAUUCACAAGAAAGGAAGAAUUGGUAUUGUGUCAAGAUCUGGAACCCUGACAUACGAAGCUGUUCAUCAGACAACACAAGUUGGCUUGGGGCAGUCUUUUUGCAUUGGUAUUGGAGGUGAUCCCUUCAAUGGAACUAAUUUUAUUGACUGCCUUGAUGUCUUCCUGAAAGAUCCUCAAACUGAGGGGAUAAUAUUGAUUGGGGAGAUUGGAGGAAACGCUGAAGAAGAUGCAGCGGCAUUUUUGAAAGAAAAUAAUGCCGGUCCCAACCCCAAGCCAGUGGUGUCCUUCAUAGCCGGGCUGACGGCUCCUCCGGGCCGGCGGAUGGGCCACGCUGGAGCCAUCAUUGCUGGGGGAAAGGGGGGAGCCAAGGAGAAGAUUGCAGCCCUCCAGAGUGCAGGGGUUGUGGUCAGCAUGUCCCCUGCUCAGCUGGGCAGCACCAUCUACAAGGAGUUUGAGAAAAGGAAAUUGCUGUAAGAGAAGACACUUUGGAAUACUUUCUCCAAAACACCAGUGCAGCACCCGGCCUCCGCUUUCCUUUUGUCUGCUAAUCUUCAGUUGCCCCAAUGACAUGACAUUGGUCAAUGAAUUUGACUCAGAAGCCAUAAACCUCCUGGCUAAACCUGUUUUGGUGUCUCCUUGUUUCAGACGUUGUCACCCUGUUGUAAAUCACUGCAAAUUAAUAAAUCUACUACUAAAUCUGAUCCAUCUUUUGAA